GGCGUCGGUGCCGGCGUCCCGGCGGGAGUCCCGGCGGUGGCUGAGGAGGGGCCCUGCGGAUGGGGCCGCUGCGCCCCUAAAGCUCUGCAGCUCUGCAACAACCCUGAGGGCUACUUGGCUGCCUACAGCCUCCUGGCUAUCUUCCAAGGUAUUGUGGUAAAUGGCCUGAUUAACAUUAGUAUUUCAACAAUUGAGAAGCGUUAUGAGUUGAACAGUUCCCUCACUGGCUUAAUCUCUGCAAGCUAUGACAUUGCUUUUUGUAUAUUGUCACUGUUUGUAUCUUUCUUUGGAGAAAGAGGGCACAAACCACGAUGGCUUGCUUUCUCAGCGUUUAUGCUAGGACUGGGCUCACUUAUAUUUUCCUUACCACACUUCAGUAGUGGAAAAUACCACUAUGGAGCUAAACUUGAAGACACAUGUCAAAUUCCAGGAACAAGCUCUGCUAACUUCACUUGCAGUGCCAGCACAAAGUCUUCACUUCCCAACUAUCUGUAUGUUUUUAUCCUGGGACAGCUGCUGCUGGGAGUUGGAGGAACUCCACUAUACACUUUGGGAACAGCUUUUAUUGAUGAUAGUGUCCCAAAACACAAGUCUUCCCUUUAUAUAGGAAUUGGCUAUGCCAUGUCACUGCUGGGUCCUGCUAUUGGCUAUGUCUUAGGAGGGCAGCUGCUUAAUAUUUAUAUUGAUAUCCAGAUCCCAGAAAGUACAAAGAUGGACCAAGAUGACCCACGUUGGCUUGGAGCAUGGUGGAUAGCAUUUCUUGCAUGUUUUUUUGCAAUUUGGCUUCUUAUAAUACCUUUUUCAUGCUUUCCAAAACACCUACCAGGAACAGCAAAAAUACAGGCUGAAAAAAUCUCUGAAACUCAUAAUGAUGGAAGUGAGGCAUUUGUUGAGACCAAGAAUAUUGGAAAAAGUUGUAAAGACUUUCCUGUGGCUCUCCUGAUACUGUUGAAGAAUCCAGUGCUUAUGAGUCUAAUAAUAGCCAGUUCUUCAGAAGCUUUAGUUGCCACUGGCUUUGCCACAUUUCUACCAAAGUUUAUAGAAAAUCAGUUUGGAAAGACGUCAAGUUUUUCAGCAACUCUUGGAGGGCUUGUAUUAAUUCCAGCAGCAGCACUAGGCCAAAUCAUAAGUGGCAUCUUGGUUUCCAAGUACAAAAUGGAUUGCAAAAGCAUAAUCAAGUUCAUGAUAGGCACUUGUUCAGUGGCCCUACUAUUAAACACAGUGUUUUUAUUUGCUAAAUGUGGGAAUGAACCUUUCGCAGGUGUCUCUGAAACAUAUAAUGGAACAGGCACGCUGUAUAACUUGACAGCACCAUGCAAUGCUAACUGCAGAUGUUUGCGCUCUGUGUACUACCCAGUUUGUGGCAGAGAUGAAGUCCAGUACUUUUCUCCCUGUUUCGCAGGAUGUACAUCACAUCUUUUUAACAACGUGAAAAAGGUGUACCACAACUGUUCCUGUAUUGGCAAACAAAAAAGAGGAAAUGGUUCAGAAGACUAUCUCUAUGAAGCUGUCCCUGGGAAAUGUCCAACACAAUGCAAAUUUUUACCUUUAUUCCUGACCUUCUUCUUUUUUGCUGUUGUUUUUACAUUUAUGGCUGUUACCCCAACAACUGUGGCCAUUCUCAGGUGUGUGCCAGAUAAACAGCGCUCAUUUGCUCUUGGAGUACAGUCGGUGUUUCUACGACUACUGGGUACUAUUCCUGGACCAAUUUUGUUUGGUUUUGCUAUAGACAACAGUUGUACUCUGUGGGAUAUUAAUGAAUGUAGAACUACAGGAGCCUGUUGGGUUUAUGACAAUGAAAGAAUGGCUUAUCUGCUGAUGGGCAUAAGUGCUGUUUGCAAAAUCAUCACUAUCAUCUUUGUGGUCAUGGCAUUAUGUUUGUAUAAGCCUCCACCAACAAGUGCGGCCCUGUCACAAAAGGAUUCAGAAAUGGUGUCUGCUAUACACACAUAA